AUGGGCUGGGACGAGGCGGGCAUGGGGGUCGAGGAGGAGGAGAUGGAGAUGGGUGAGGAGGAGGAGGAGGAGGAGAUGGAGGAGAUGGAGGAGGGAGCUCGCUCCUCCCCGGUCCGAUCGCGGCCAAACACGCGCACACACCACGACGUCGCCAUCGCCGUCCCCCGCGCACCGCGAGCCUGCAUCGCUCCGGCACCCUUCUGCCCCGGAGAACUGCCCUCUCCCCCUCUCCCGGCAGCCCCCGCCCCCGUCCACCGCCCUGGCCACCCACGCUCCAGCGCCUGCCACGCCCCUCUCUCUCCCCAGCCAUCUCCGCUCCCCCAAUCCCAGCCCCGCCCUGCCCGUUCCCCGGACACCCCGUCGAACACCCAUUGGCGCCCCGCCCCUUCCAAAGCUAAUCUGAACCGCACGCACGUCCCCCUCCAUUCCCCGCCGCACGUCCCCGACCCUCAUCGUCACCGCCGCCCCCCCUCCCCCGCCUAUACCCUCUCCCGCCGCCCGCCCGCGCCCCAGUCUGCAUUCCCCAUCCGCAGUCCGAUCCCCGUCCGACCCUCGGCCCCGAUCUCCAUCCCCCGUGCCCCGCCCCGCCCCGCCCCGCCCAUGUUCCCACGCCCGUCCGCCUCUGCGUUCAUAUGCACGAGAAAGAGAGGGCCGCCCCUCUCCGCCCCCUCCCAUUCGUGCACCGCGCCUUGCGACCCCCCCUUUUUUCUUCGCCUCUCACGGUCGCUCGCUGCGUCCUCGACCGUCGUCGUAGCACACACGUAG